AUGUCUUCAUGUGCUGUGCCUUUGCUUCACUCGGUUGUAUUAUGUACGGUUAUGACCAAGGUGUUUUCGGUAUGUUCUAUUUAUCAACAAGUCUUGGCUUUGUUGCAAACGCGACUAAUGACUAGGUUGCAUGCAUUGAUGAUCUCCUGUAUGCAGGGUCAUUUGCAAAGAAUCCACAAACUAACAAAUCCACCAGGUUCCGUUUUGGUUAUGCAAAAUUUCCAAGCCCAUUUCCCCAGAGUCACUGAUAAAAACUCUAGUAACAUUCAAGGUUGGUUGGUUUCUUGUCUUGAGUUGGGUGCCUGGUUCGGUGCUCUCUUCUGUGGUUGGUUGUCUGAUAAAAUCUCUAGAAAGUACGCUAUGAUGGUUGGUGUUAUUAUUUUCACUCUUGGUACUGGUUUCCAAGUUGGUGCUCAAAACGAGGGUUUCCUUUUUGCCGGUAGAACUAUUGGUGGUAUUGGUAUUGGUAUGUUCAGUAUGGUUAUUCCUCUUUACCAAUCUGAAAUUGCUCCCCCAGAGCUCCGUGGUUCUUUGGUUUCUUUGCAACAACAAUCUAUCACUAUUGGUACCUGUAUCAGUUUCUGGCUUGAUUACGGUUUCCACUUUAUUGGUGGCCCAGACUGUAGACCCAAUGGUGUCAAUGUUAGUGAUGCUGACUGGGACCCUGAUGUGUACGGUGGUCAACACUGUGAGGGUGAGAAGACCGUCUCUUGGAGAGUUCCUCUUGCCAUCCAAAUCAUCCCCGCUUGGAUUCUUUUCUUCGGUAUGUUCUUCUUGCCCUUCUCUCCUAGAUGGCUUGUUAUGAAGGACAGAGAUGAGGAAGCUAAGGCCUCUUUGUCCAAGCUUCGUCGUCUGCCUGAAGAUGAUCCUCUUCUCGUUGCCGAGUUCCUUGAAAUCAAGAGUACUGUCAUGUUUGACAGAGAAGUCAGAUCUGAGAGUGUCACCAACAAUGGCUGGCUCGCUCCCUGGAAGGAACUUUUCAGCCCUAACAUUUUCCGUCGUGUCAUGAUCGGUGUCUGGAUCAUGAUUUUCCAACAAUUCACUGGUAUCAACGCUAUUCUUUACUACAGUCCUCAAAUUUUCGCUACUUUCGGUUUCUCUUCUGUCACCAUUGAUCUUUUGGCAACUGGUGUCACCGGAUGUCUCCAAGUCCUCUGUACCCUUCCUGCUGUCUUGUUCCUUGACAAGUUUGGUCGUAGAUCUUUCAUGAUUGUCGGUGCUCUUGGUAUGUUCAUUUGUCACAUUGUUGUCGCUGGUGUCGAGGGUAGUUUCGAGAAUAACUGGCCUGCUCACAGAGCUGGUGGCUGGGUCGCUAUUGUAUUUAUUUGGCUUUUCGCCGUUAACUUUGCAUACUCUUGGGGCCCUGUCGCCUGGGUCUUGACUCAAGAGCUUUUCCCUUCAUCUUUCCGUUCUCGUGGUGUCAGUAUUGUCGCCUCUGUUAACUGGAUGUUCAACUUCAUCAUUGGUCUUACUACCAAGGACAUGUUGAACAGCAUGAAGUAUGGCACCUACAUUUUCUUCGGUGCUUUCUGUUUGAUGGGUGCUGGUUUCAUGUACUGGUUCGUUCCUGAGACCAAGGACAAGACUUUGGAGGAGCUUGAUGUUUACUUUGGCGGUACUUCUGACUCUCUUGCUGCUGCUGACAGAGAACGUAUGCAACGUAUUAUGCACGAGCUUGGUAUGGACAACUACGACGACUCUAAUGACCUCAAGGAGAAGGCUGACCUUACUGCCGAGAUUGAGAACGUUGAUCACCAAUAA